GAAUCUAAAAUCCCCGGAGUUCCCGAGAUGUCACACCAAAAUGAUGAUUCUCUAGAAGAAAAUCUUCCCUCAAAUAUGAAUGCAGUAAAGUCAUUCUCAAAUGAUGUGCCAAAAUACCCAGAAACAUCAAUGGCUUUCCAAAGUGUUGGAAUGAUCAGUGGCAAAAGUGAUGCAGCAGAUAACGAUCGGUUUCAUGAAGCAAUAGCAUCUAAUGAGACAAUAAAUAGUAUGGCAACUAAAAUGUUUCGAGUGAAACAUGUAAUAAAACCACUUGAUGAAUUUGAAACCAACCAAAUGUCUGACAUGUUAGAGUAUCAGAAUAAUAAUUUUUCUAUAGAUACAACUGUAAAUGAGGAGAGUAAUACUUUGCCAGAAGAACUUCUCACAGCUCUAAACACUUUGACAGAAGCUAUAGUAGCAGUAGAAGACAGAACUGGAUCAAGCACAACACAGAAGCAACUAACACCCGAACAGGCAGAUGAUGAUACCACAGAAAUAAUAGAAACAGAUUUGAAAUCUCAUUGUCAUUCGCAAUGCCGUGAAGAACCAGAAGCUUUAAUGAUAGCCAAGAUGUCAUGCACUUCAGGCGAACACGUAUGUAAAUACAUACAUAUAUACAGAGAGAGAGUGAGUGUAUUAAUAGGAAACAUUUUUUCAGCUAUGUUCAUAAGUUUAUAUUCUUAGAUCAGUAAUGUAUGUUUUAAUUGAUGUUCAAUUUUUUUAAAAAAUAUAUCUUGUUAUCUCAGAGUUUCUGGCUAAAUCUGGUUUUUUUUUCCAGAUCCCCCCUUGGGUUGUUUCAAAAUGUUUCUUGCUGGU